AGAUAUACGUGAUUCAAAAUGUGCGGAGUAAAUUUAAGUUUUGACGCGGGAUAUCCAUACAGCCGUAAUAUGAGCUGUAUAAUGAGGUAUAACGCCACCAUCAACGGUAUACAAAUCAGAAGAACGUAUUGUGAAUAUGGCCCCCAGGUAGACAGGCUGGGAUCUGGCAAUCUGUGCGGGAGAGAGCAAAGCAUGGAAGGCACCUGGUGUAUCAGUGCCAAUCUUGCAUCUCUGCAUACAUCGGCCAGACCAUUUCCCGGGACCCGGCGCACAGAAAGAAGCGCCAGAGAGUAAGCAAAAGCCAAUCGGCCUUCUGGAAACACGAGAGAUGGCUAUCAGGACCGCGUGUCUCUGUUGAAAUUGUGUUCGGGGCACUUGGUCCAAAUCGAACGCGCAGAUUAAGAAGACGGACCGUGGUUAGGGGGGCCAAACGGUGAAUGAUGGCAGCCGUGGUCUUCAACAUUCAACGCGUUGAUGCUUGCCUAUGCCCAAGAAAAUCUGCAGAACAGACACGUUACCUGUGGAUGUUUGAUCGCGAUAUCGGGGAAAUGCACGUUUCCUUGCAUAUGUUAGAAGGUAUUGAGAAAGAGGAGACACUUACUAUGGGCAAUAACGGAUGGUAGUGGUUCAAGAGCAUCU